AUGAAUAACACAUCUUUUUUUCAGACUAAUGAUGCUUAUAACUUACUUUUGUCUCAUACUAGCGAUGAUUAUAAUUUACCUUUGCUUCAUACUGACAACAUUUAUGACAGUUUUAUGGACACUUACUUUAAUAAUAUUAUGGCUUCUGAGGAUAUUUUAAAUAACUUUGGUGACCAGCAAAUUUCAGACAAUGCAUUUGACGAUUUUGACAAUAAAGUGGAUGUUGAGGACAAAGCUAAAGAAAUGGAACAUGAAGUGGAUUUUGAGGAUGAAGAUAAAGAAAUGGAACAUGAAGUGGAUUUUGAGAACAAAGAUAAAGAAAUGGAACCUGAAUCUAGAUAUUCGUUAACUGUGAAUCAGUCUUUUAAAACUUGGAAAGCUGUUGAUAAGUUGUUGGAACAUUAUAGUCAAGAAAGAAGUUUUGCAUUUUGUAUAACCCAUAGUGAAAUUGAUAAGAUUGAUAACGAGCCUUGGCGUCGAGUGUAUACAUGUACAAAAGGACAAACCUAUGUGCCAUGUAAAAAAGCUUAUAUUCUCAGUGAAAGAGAUCGAGGCCAUAAAUCAGUAGGAUGCCCCUACCAUAUAAAUAUAUACUGGUGGAAAAAUGAUAAUCAAAUUCAUAUUUUUAACAUUAUUGGAACACAUAAUCAUAAGAUGGUUCAAAAUAUUACUAUGGUUGAAGCAAGGUACCAUCAGUUAACAAAAGAAAUGCAAGAUGAUGUUAGAUUACUCUCAUCCUGUAGUGUGCAAGCUGGUGCGAUUAUUGAGGUUUUACAAAAAAAGUAUCUUGAGAAACAUAUUUAUGCACAUAAUGUCUACAAAAUAAUACAAGCUAUUCAUUUUGAGAAUUGUGUUGCAAGUGAUGCAGGUAGCACCUAUCUUGAAUUAAUUAAAAAACAAUGUGAUGAACCUGGUUACUACGUUAAUGCAAAGUUUGAAGGAGCAGACAACCAUUUAGCUGGUCUUAUAUCAUUUAAUGCUGGUGUACAGACUAUGCAACAAGUUAAAUUGUACAAUGGAAUUAUCAAAAAACAUGUUAAUGGCUCUUCUUCUCUAUUUGAAUUGAGUAAUACCGGUGAAAGAUUGCUUUUUAAAGAAGAUCGGUAUCAGCGCUUUAAUGAAGUUGCAGGUGUACAAUCAGCAAUUCAUAAUAAAGAUUAUUACAACAGAUAUUUCGAUUUAGUUGAAAAGUCAUGUCAAAAAUUUUUGACAACAGCAAUACUUAAAAUUCAAUGCCGUGAAAUAAAUCUCAAUAAUGAUGAAAUAUCAGCUGGAAUGUUUUCUGAUGAUCUGUUCGAUGCGUUUGUAAUUGAGUUUGCAGAAUUAAUAAGUGAUUUGAAUCAUACAUCUACUCAUCUUUGCACUUGUUUAACAUUAAUUAACUGUGAAGUUGUUUGCAGGCAUUUCUUUGCAAUAAUGAUGGUUUCAAAAGUUGCUAAGUUUCAUAUUGGGAAUAUAUCACAUAGAUGGUAUUUGGAUGAGGUCAUUUGUGGGGAAAAGACAAAGAUUAAUAAUGAGCCAGCGAAUUCAAUAAUAAAUAAUAAGAAAUUUGGAUCAUUUAUGCACAGUAUUCAAGAGAUGUCAUUUAAGCAACAGUGGGAAAAAGAAUUCAGCAUUAUAAAGAAGACUCUUGAUUUGGCAAUUGCAACGGGACAGUAUGAAGAAUUAUAUGAAAUGCAUCUUAACCUAAUGAAAGAAAUGGAAAUAGAACUUGUAACAGAGGAUAAUUGUAAUAUGGGAGAUAAUAAUAUUAAGCUGUUUGCAGCUUCAAUUAGUAAUCCAGUUGGAAUCAAUAAAAAUUUGGCUCGUCAAGAGAAUUGUUGCAGUAUUUGUGGUCAGGCAAGACCUAACUCUUGUACAUGUAACUCAGAUGUUUCAAAUAAUCAGAUGGAUGAUGUGAAUAAGGAAGGUUUUAAUGAUGUGGUCAACUGUAGUCAUCAUGAAAAUAAGUCUCGACAUUGUGGCAUCUGUGGUCAAAUAGGCCACAAUGCUCAUACAUGUAAUUUGGAUAGUUCAAGCAAACAGAUAAACAAUUUAGUUCUAGAAGGCCAUAAUCAUAAAAAUGAAAUUAGAUCACUAUUAUUGUUACCAAUUGCAAGUAAAAAUGGUGGAGAAGAUUUAAAUUUAAUGAGUUCAGUUAAUAAGGAUCUUGCCAACAAUAAGUCUCAUCAUUGUGGUACUUGUAGACAAGUAGGUCAUAAUGCUCGUACAUGUGACAUUAAAAGGUAG